CAGACAGAAGUAAAAUAAAAGUCUAAUUUAAUGAACUGUUAGGGAACAAAUUUCGGGGUCUGUGACAUGAUGGACUCUCACAUUAUCACACCCGGUCCAUACAGAGCCACCAAACUAUGGAAUGAAGUGACCAAACUUUUCCGGGCAGGCAUGCCUCUCAAGAAACAUCGGCAGCAUUUGAAGGCUUAUUCGAACUGUUUUACUGCAGCAGCAGCAGCUGACUGGUUACACGACCUCCUGAGGCACAACAGUAAUUUUGGACCAGAGGUAACCAGGCAACAGACUGUGCAGCUAUUAAAGAAGUUUUUAAAAAAUCACGUCAUUGAGGAUGUUAAAGGGCGCUGGGGCAUGGAGGACUUUGAGGACAACAGUCAGCUGUACAGGUUUCCUCCAGUGUCACCACUAAAGCCCAUUCCAAGUUCUCAGGCUAUGAGGAAAAAGAGUGGGUCUAUUAAAGACAGAGAGAGUUUUUUCAAAUUUAGAAGUUCCAAGAAAUAUGACAAAGAAAUCCAAGAAAAUAUAGCUCCAGCUGUUGAAGAUGCUCCCAUAUCAGAGGAGAGUAUCCACUGUAGAGACAUCACAGAGGAAGAAAUUCAGGAUAUUUGGAAGAAUGUCACAUUAACACAUUUACAGAAGUUGCUGGGUUUGCCAUUUUUGGAAGAUGUGUUGAAUUCAGCUGAAGUCAAUUCUAGCUUCAUUGUAUAUAACAUGACAAAAGUCAACAAGCAUGGAGUUGUUACCUUGGAAGAUAAGACCGAUGAUCUGCCACACUGGGUUUUGUCAGCCAUGAAAUGUCUUGCAAACUGGCCAAAGUUUGACCAGCCAUCUUACCCAGGCUUUGAGAGGGAUGUCUUUAAAUCUGUGUCUGACUACUUCCACAGUCUUCCUGAGCCGAUGCUUACCUUUCAGUAUUACGAGUUGUUUGUUAACGUUCUAGUUUUGUGUGGCUAUGCCACAUCUUCUAGGACCCAGUGUGGAAAGCGUAAGAAUCUGGAGGAGUUGAGCUAUCCACAGCCAGCGAAAGCCCCUCACCUAAACACUGCCAAUGCAUUCAGAUCCACAGAGUGUCUCUUGCUAAGCUUGAUAAGAAGGGAGUCUUUUGAGGAAACUGAUUCACCCAUGAGGGAGGUGUUUUCUUCCAAAGUAUUGACCCAGUUUGGCGCAACAAGAGCACGUUCUAUUGGAGGUCCUCUAAGCAAACUACGACCCAGGAGCUGUUCCCUGGAAAGAAUUCUGGAUGAAUCAAGUGAUUCACUCACACAACAAGUGCUCUUCAGGUCUGCUGAAAGCCUGGCAUCCUGCAGGACUAACAAUUCUGAUGGUUCCUUAUCUCAGACAAGGUCUCCUCCAGAUUUGGUUUCCUGUAACACCUCCCCAGAUUUGGCUGGUCCCACACAAAACACAUCUGAAACCAGUAGCAGCAACAGCUUAAGCUCCCAUCUCUCAUCAGAAUGUUAUCUAACCAAUCAGAGAACUACCAGGGCUCGGCCCAGAAGCAUCGGCAAUUGUCUCGACAUAGUAGAGCACAGGGAAAUUUCUGCCAGCUGUGUUAGUGUAAAUGCUCCAGUAGCAGAAAUUACUAUGAAACCAGACUUGUCCGCCUCCACCAUUAGUCUUAGAGCUCCUGGGUUGGUCCGUUUACAUGGAAGCUGUUUGGAUAUCAGUGCAAAGCCAAGAAUUAGCAGGCGCUGUCAGAGCUCUGUGGAUCUGUGCAAGCCUGGGCUCUCUCGUCCCUCAAUGUCUUCUGUUGCACGCCGUCUGAGUCCUGAACAAAGCUUGUUACAGCCUGCAUUAGAAAGAGUUGCCAUUGAGGCCCUGCAGCUCUGUACACUGCUUCUUCCUCCUGCCUCACGCCGCAAGCUACAGCUUCUCCUGCGAAUGAUUUCACGCAUGAGCCAAAAUGUGGAUAUGCCUCGGCUUCAUGACGCCAUUGGCACACGCACACUGAUGGUGCAAACGUUCUCUCGUUGUGUACUGAGCUGUGAAGAGGAAGUAGAUCUGGAUGAGCUCUUGGCCACCAGGCUGCUUUCUUUCCUGAUGGACCAUCAUCAAGAGGUUCUUCAGGUUCCCAUGUACCUGCGCAAUGCUGUUGAAGACCAUAUCGCCUACCUCAAAUCACAGAAAAAACACCCUAUGAGCUCCGGACUUGUGGUGCCAACAUACUCCUUUUGCAGACAGAUCAGCACUCAGGAGUUUGAAGAACAAAAACUGUCUUUGUCUCAGGCAGCAGUUGCAGAGCUGCUAGAGAGCAUCAUCAAGGACAAAGCAAUGUCAGUCAAGGAAAAGAAGAAGAAACUAAAAUUGUGUCAGAAAGAAUAUCCUGACAUCUACUCGCACAGAUUCCCAACCACAGAGAGCGAGUCACAGCUUUUUGGAGACAAACCAAAGAUCAAACCACCUAUGCUGAUUGGCAUAAAAAAGACUAAAGUCUUUAGUAUUCGAAGCUGAAUACCUCAUUAGAUACGUGCUAUGUGGUCGUGUGUAUUUGUGUGUUAUGUGAUUUCAUGAUGAUUGUUUUGACUGUUUUGGCAUUCACUUCUGUUACUGGUUUGUGUGAAAGCCAGUGAUUACACAGAUUCCUGGGAGUACUUUUAUAUCAGCUUUUAUGUAUUUUGGACAGCUUGUUUGCAACACACAGUGAAACACAAAUGUGCAAUGCAUGGGAUCCACAGCACUGAGAGCAGCACCAUGUACUUGAACUGUUGCCUGGGAUUUAAGUGUUUUAAGGUCAUGCUGUCCAUGUUUUUAUUAAUGUUAUUAUUUUUGUUUUUUAUGUUGGUUAUUUAUUUAAUACAUAUUUGGUGUACAUUCUUGGGAGCUAUAAAACAGCCAAAUGGUUUCCUAAAAACGUAGCAUAAAGCAUAUUAACAUCAGUUUGACUAGUCAGGGAUUUUAAGCCUUCAGUGCUCUUGGGAACUUGAGCCCUCUGGCUUGUAUUUCCAGUUAAAAAUAAGGCUAGGUUGAUUGUAAUCCAAAUGAAGGUUUUUUUUAAUUACAAUAUAAUGCUAUUUUGUGUGGGUCUGUUUUGUUUAUACAUUAUUUGUUCCCUUAUCUUUUUUUUAACCCAAGUAACAUUUUAACUGACAUGGUUCUCAUAAUUUGCUCAGUUAGAGCUUAACUAAUUUCUGCACUAUAUCUUAAGCUUUGUGCCUUAAUUUCUGGAACUUGACACACAGUCUUUAAACUGAUAACUGACUUUAAAGCUUGUUGUAAAUUAAGCCAAACUAAAGAUAAUCCAGUAAAGUUGUAGUUAAUUACUUUUUACAGUAUUUUCUUUUUGUUUAAAAAUUUGAAACAUUUUUGUAGUUUUAAGAGAAGUGUGAACCUCGUUGUUGCCUAUUAUGUACUAGAAGUAAUUUUUUUUGCACAACUCUCAUCUAAAAGCUAUUUGUGUCAUUACAAUGAUUUGAACCCAGCAGUCUAAUAUCUGUUUUAAGUAACAAGUCAUCUUCAGUACAUUAUUAAAACAUAUACAGAGUUUACUUUUAUAUUAUAUCUUGGUAAUGUACUUCUAGGUCAGGUUUCCAAAAACUUAUGACAACAUAGCCGUUUCUUAUGCUGUGGUGCUUUUGGGAAACACCAUCUGUAUAAUUUGGUAACCUUUUGUUGAAGAAUUUCAAUGGUGUUUUUGUGCUAUGCAAUACAGAGCUUGUGAAUAAAACUUUAAGCCCUA